GAAUUACAGGGUCACAGAACACCUCUCCAGGUGACGGCAGCAUAUGUAAACGGCACAGAGAAUGCUAUAUUAGCAUAUGAGGUUUCAUUUGCACCACCACCAUCCAAAGAUAGUACCUCACUUGAGCAGGAACAACAAGCCCUUUACGAGAACUGUGACGAUGUUAAACCCAGCACAACAUCAAAGAAUUGGGAAGUGAGUAGGGAAUUUGUCCACAUAGUUAAAGACAUUGGAAAGGGUACUUUCUCUAAAGUUGCCAAAGGAGAGGCUUGGAAUAUUAAAGGCGUGAAGGGCUUGACUACGGUAGCAGUAAAAAUGCUGAAAGGUCGGUGAUAUUUUGAGAUUGAAACCUAUGAUUAGUAAAGCGCUUAUUUAUAAUAAUAUGUUUGCUUAGUUAUUGCUUUUGUGUUUGGAUAGAAAACUCCCCGGAUUCUGACAAGGAGGACCUGCUGUCAGAACUGAAUUUGAUGAAACAGAUGAAACCUCAUCCUCACGUGAUCAAGCUACUAGGAUGCGUCACAGAAACUGGUAAAUGGAGUAAUUAUCUGCCACGCCCUUUCACCCUAUAUAGACCUUAAUAGAGAGACCUGGUUAAAACCACAUUUUUUACUAUGAUUUACUUGUUAUUUCUACAGUUGGCUAAGGCACCAGUGUUGUGUUUUAUUGUCUAAAAAACUUCUAAAAAAUCUUUUAACAAAAGUUUCAGAGAAAGGUGAUUACAAAAAACGCAAAUCAUCUCAGUCGAAAACAACGAGCCUUUAGAGAUAAUUCUAUGACUAGCGAUCUACAAAUUGUAUAAUUAUCACGUUUUUAAAUAACUCUAAAAUGAAUCAUGUAUCAUACAAUCUUUUCUCACAGAGCCUUUACUCGUGCUCAUUGAGUAUAUUCCUUACGGUGAUCUAUUGGGGUUCCUAAGGAAGAGUCGGGGUCUCAAGGACACGUACUACAAC